AUCUUCUGACCCUACAAUCUCAGAAUCCAGUUUUCCCAGCCAGUACACGCCAAAUGUCUGUUGUGUGAUAAAGUUCGCAAAAAGGCCCCUGAAAAGCUCCACAAUCCCGAUUCCAGCUUGCACAACUUUCUCAGGCGCACCAUUUUGCAAAGCGCAGCAGGAAUCAUGGCUUCCUCCAUCGCCGUCCAGUCCGUCUCCGUGGCUUCCUUCGCCACUGCCUCUGCCAAGGCCUCUGCCACCAGCCAGUCUGCGGUUGCUGCCCCCCUCCGCUCAUUCUCUGGACUGAAGCAGCAGAAUGCGCUCUCUGCUUCCAGCUCCAACCAGUGGGAGUCAAAGACUGUGUCCAAUGGUGCUCGCACUCAGGCCAUGAAGGUGUGGACCCCCUUGAACAACAAGAAGUUCGAGACCCUUUCGUACCUGCCCCCCCUCCCCGCCGCUUCCCUCAUGAAGCAGGUGGAGUACCUUCUGAGCAAGGGCUGGAGCCCUUGCAUCGAGUUCGACGAGAACGGCACCAUCUACAGGGAGCACCACACCUCCCCCGGAUACUAUGAUGGCCGCUACUGGACUAUGUGGAAGCUUCCCCUCUUCGGCUGCACUGAUGCUGCCCAGGUUCUCAAGGAGAUUUCCGAGUGCAAGUCUGCCUACCCCAAUGCCUACAUCCGUGUCCUCGGAUUCGACAGGAAGAGGCAGGUGCAGGCUGCCGCCUUCAUUGUGUACAAGCCCGGUCAGUAUUAAUUCGCAACAGCCAAAAGAUUAUGCAGUUCAACUAACAGCUUGCUGCUCUUAGUACGACGUUGAACUUUGUGGUAGCUAAGUGUUGUGCGGUCGUGAUCACACUCGCCGGUCGAGUCACUGCGCGGCCUAGGUAUAUUCAAAAGGUAUCAGCUGAGUUGGCUUGGCGUCGAACCUUGAUAGCACAACUUUUAGCUGAGCUAGUGCUGUGGCGAGUUGAAAGGAGGAUAGACUGUGAUCCGAGCAAGAGGCCUCCCGGCUUGAGCUUGAUCGUUUUGAUCUAAACUGCACAGCGUUUGGUGAAGGUUCUUGUUCCAAGUACCUUUGUCAUAUUGCCUUGCUACACAGCUCUCUCCCCGGCUCUUAUGCAUCGAUGCCCACUAAAAUGCGAGUGCAACAAAGUACGCCAUGCACUGAC